UUGCUUACAAUCCAGAAGCUUAAUCAUUCUAGAUUAUCGCAGACAGACAAGCAAAAAAUAGGAGCGCAUCGGUAUUUCUUUGGGAGUAAAGUGGAUAGCAGUAACACCUUGUUCCUUUAUUAUUUCCCUUAUUUUUUGUUUCAUUUCAUAUAACCCCGCCAUCUUUAUUUCCCUUUCUUAUAUUUUGUAGUUGAAAAAUAAAAAUAUUGGUUUUGCCUGUAUCGCCUUUCGCUUGUUGAUGGUUCUGUAUGAUUUUUGCAUCCCUCCAACGCAUGUUCGUUGUGUCUCUGAGCCGUAUAUGACUCGCAUCUCUACACCCUCUCACAUUUCAUUAAAAUUCAUUAAUAAAUUGUUUCCACAUUCCUCUUUCCAACCGCUUCGGCUUUCUUUAGGUGGCACACCGCUUGUACCUGCUAUUGGUAGUGGUGGCUCUCCUGCGGUAUUACGACGCAACGGCAAUGGCGCCGCUCUUGCGUCAGCUGGCACACCAGGCACCACUUUGCACAACAACCCGCCUCCGCCACUUUACUCGCCAACUCCCAACGCCGUGUUGGUACCUGCCUCCGUCAAUGGUAAUGUCACAAGCGCCGCCAGUGCUGCUGGCAGUAGUGGAACAAGUGGCGCAUUGACCGGCACAACUGCCGGAAGCCUAAGUACGUCCGGCAGCGCUGGCACUAGUGGCGCCGCAGCGAACAGCGCGCAAGAGUUUUCGUUCAAGGCCAAGCAGGAGGUUUAUGUGCUGCAGCGCAUCUCCGAGUUACAACGAGAGGGAUUAUGGACUGAAAAACGGUUGCCAAAACUGCAAGAGCCCAGCCGCCCGAAGGCACAUUGGGACUAUUUGUUAGAGGAGAUGGUUUGGUUGGCAGCGGAUUUUGCGCAAGAGCGCAAAUGGAAGAAAAAUGCUGCCAAGAAAUGCGCCAAAAUGGUGCAGAAGUACUUCCAGGACAAAGCGAAUGCAGCACAGAAGGCGGAGAAGGCACAUGAGGCACACUUGAAGCGGAUAGCGGCCUUCCUCUCCAAAGAGGUGAAAAUGUUUUGGUCAAAUGUGGAGAAAUUGGUGGAAUACAAACAUCAUACGAAGCUCGAGGAGAAGCGUAAAAAGGCGCUUGAUCAGCAUUUAAGCUUCAUUGUCGAUCAGACAGAGAAAUUCUCACAGCAGCUGGCCGAGGGCAUGAAUAAAAGCAUAAUAGAAACAGCUGCGGGGGCUAGUGGUGCGCCAAGCAUGGAUUCGAGUAGGAUAUCAUCGCCUAAGCGUGAGACCGCGGGCAAUGGGUCUGAUGAUGAUUUCCGUCCAGAAUCUGGAUCAGAAGAUGAUGAGGAAACAAUUGCCAAAGCUGAAGAGGAAGCGGCAGACGUCAAGGAAGAGGUUGCGGCCUUAGAAAAAGAAUCUCAAAUGGAUCUUGAUGAUUUUCUGAAAGAUCUGCCAAAAGGCUACUUAGAAAAUCGCGAUAAAAUUUUACUUGAGGAAGUUGACCCCAAAAGCAGCCAAGAAGAUGACGCAGACGACACCGAGUUCGAAGCAAAUGAAGACAGCGAUGACGAUGAGAACACGAUUAGCAAACAAGAAGAAGAAGAAAAAGAUAUCGAUCAUCAGAAAGAAAUUGAUGAGUUGGAAGCGGAUAACGACUUAACCGUCGAACAGCUGUUGGAAAAGUACAAAUCGGGCAAGAUUGAUGAACCAAAAGGAACGUUGACGCGAAGAAGAGGCGCAGCGCCGCCGGCAAAGAAACGCGCCAAAAUGGAAAUUGACUCGGACGAUGAUGAAGUGGAGAAUGACACCAGUAGCAGCGAAGGCACUGUGGUGGAAACUGAAAGUGAGUCAGAUAACGAGGAAGAGACCAAUGACGAAGAGAAUUCCUCGGACGUAAGCGAAGAAAAUGAACAGGAAGAUGGACUGAAGAGUCUGUUGGAAGAUGUAAGUUUAGUGGGCUUGUGUGCUUUAAUUUUUAUUGAGACUAUUCUUCCUUCUACCUUGCAGACCGAGGGCAACAGCAAAGAUGACAUGAUUAAAGAUGCCGCCGCUCUAGCCGAAAGCAUACAACCUAAGGGUAAUACGCUGUCUUCAACAAAUGUGGUCACGCCGGUGCCAUUUCUGCUUAAACACUCACUACGUGAGUAUCAGCACAUUGGUUUGGAUUGGCUUGUCACCAUGAAUGAACGUAAAUUGAACGGCAUACUCGCUGAUGAAAUGGGUUUAGGUAAAACCAUUCAGACGAUAGCGCUGCUAGCGCAUUUAGCAUGCGUUAAAGGCAAUUGGGGUCCACAUCUGAUUGUCGUGCCAUCAUCGGUGAUGCUCAAUUGGGAAAUGGAAUUUAAGAAAUGGUGUCCGGCAUUUAAGAUACUCACAUACUAUGGCACGCAAAAAGAGCGUAAGCUUAAGCGUGUGGGCUGGACAAAACCUAAUGCAUUCCAUGUGUGCAUAACAUCCUACAAAUUGGUGGUGCAGGAUCAGCAGAGUUUCCGUAGGAAAAAGUGGAAAUAUCUGAUAUUGGAUGAGGCGCAAAACAUUAAAAAUUUCAAGUCGCAACGCUGGCAGCUGCUGCUAAAUUUCUCCACAGAAAGACGUCUAUUGCUCACCGGCACUCCACUACAAAACGAUUUAAUGGAAUUAUGGUCGCUUAUGCACUUUCUAAUGCCAUAUGUGUUUUCAUCGCAUCGCGAAUUUAAAGAGUGGUUCUCCAAUCCUAUGACCGGUAUGAUUGAAGGCAACAUGGAGUACAAUGAAACGCUCAUAAGCCGACUGCACAAGGUCAUACGCCCUUUCUUGCUGCGACGUCUCAAAAAAGAAGUCGAAAAGCAAAUGCCCAAGAAAUACGAGCACGUCGUAAUGUGUCGCUUGUCGAAUCGUCAACGCUAUUUGUAUGAAGAUUUUAUGAGCCGCUCAAAAACUAAGGAAACACUGCAAACAGGCAAUCUACUAAGUGUCAUCAAUGUGCUUAUGCAGCUACGUAAAGUCUGUAAUCAUCCAAAUAUGUUUGAAGUACGUCCAACCAUUUCGCCAUUUCAAAUGGAAGGCAUAACCUAUGAAGCGCCAAGGCUAGUUUAUAAUUUGCUGGAUUACGAUCCAUUCACGCGCAUCGAUUUGCAUUCGUUAAAUUUACUUCUAAUUGAUUUGGAACUCACCCUCACUGCUUACGUUUCGCACAAGUCACGCGUUCUGGAGCCACCCCGUAAGCUAAUUGAGGAAAUCGACAGUGCACCGGCGCCGCCACCACCCUGCCCGCGUGGCAAAUUCAAAUUUUACAUACGUGUACGCGAUCAGCAAGUGCAGCAGAAUCUGAGUCAGCACAGCACGGCUAUGGUACGCGUCGGCGCUAGUCCUGCUAUGCGUACAGAUGGCAAGAAAGUAGUACCAUUGCGUGAAACGAAUACAGCAAAUUUGCGACUUGUAAAGCGUUUGAACAAUAUAAACCCCGUUAACACGUCCAAAUUGCCCGCCUUGUCGAUGGCACCUUCAACAUCCACUUCGGCGGCCAUUUCACUGGCCAGCAGUGGUGUUGGUGGUAGCAUACGCACCGCCUCGGGCAUAUCAGUAACGCGCGUACAAGUCGCACCACAAGCGAGCGCUAAUUUGACGCCACCUGCGGCAAAAAUCGCCAAGCUGGUGCAGCAUGGCAGCGGUAAGCCGUACUUCCUGGUAACAUCUUCGGCAGGUAGCAGUUCGUUGAGCGAUACCGUGAGUGGAAGUAACGCUUCGGGUAGCCGUUUAACGUUGGUGUGCAAAAGCGGCAGUGGCAACACCAGUUUAACCGCUAUGAGCGCGAGUAGCAGUGGGAAGAGCGGCAUAAGCAUUAAGCCAAAGCCGGAAAAUUCGAAAUUAUUAACCACUAUUGCGCAGCAGGUGAAGAGCACCACCACCGAUACUGGAGGAACCGACGAUUUGGGGAACGCGAUGGAUGUUGAUGAGCCAGAAACUGCAGGAACCGAAACGUCCGAGUCCGAUCCAAUAUAUAAUAUGCAAAAAAUAUUGGAAAAGCGUAAGGAGCAGCGUUUGGCGCGCCUCAAAUUGGUUGCUGCUGUGAAUCGACGCUGCAUAGAGGGUGUGCCUAUAUAUGGGGCGGACUGUCGCGAAACACUGACGAAAUGUGUGAGGCCGAGCCAGACACUGGAGUACUCCAGCUGGCAAACGCGAAGUCACACCAACUGUUGUACAGCCAUGGCGCGGCGCGAUUGCUGGACGCUCAGCAAAAUAAUCAAAUCAUAUGAGAAGCGCGUUGAAGAUCUGCGACAAACCUUCAGCAAUUUCGUCAUCUAUGUGCCACCGGCGUGUGCGCCGCGCAUACGCUUCUACGUUCAGCAUCUCACAUCGGGACGUUUGCAACGUGAGCGUAGAAUUGAAAACACUGUCGCACAAUAUUGUUCACCCAAGCUGACAUUGCUGCAUCCAGUCAUCUCUGCGAUGACCACACAGUUUCCAGAUCCUCGUCUCAUACAAUACGAUUGCGGCAAAUUACAAACCCUUGAUCUGCUGUUGCGUCAACUGAAAUCCGGACAACAUCGUGUGCUGAUAUUCACACAAAUGACAAAAAUGUUGGAUGUGUUGGAGGCGUUCCUUAACUACCAUGGACACAUCUACUUGCGGUUAGACGGUUCGACGCGCGUCGAACAGCGUCAAGUGCUAAUGGAGCGCUUCAAUGGCGACAAACGCAUUUUCUGCUUCAUAUUGUCGACACGUUCCGGUGGCGUUGGUGUUAAUUUAACCGGCGCGGAUACUGUGAUAUUUUACGAUUCCGAUUGGAAUCCAACUAUGGACGCGCAAGCGCAAGAUCGUUGCCAUCGUAUUGGUCAAACACGUGAUGUGCACAUCUAUCGGCUGGUGUCUGAGAAAACAAUCGAAGUGAAUAUACUAAAAAAAGCGAAUCAAAAGCGCAUGCUAAGCGAUAUGGCGAUCGAAGGUGGCAACUUUACGACCACUUAUUUCAAGAGUUCCACCAUCAAAGAUCUUUUCAAUUUGGAACAAGGCGAUCAAGAUGGCGGCGAAACAGCUGCAGUUGUUGGUGUGGCUAACGGCGGUCGUGCGGAGAAACCAACAACUUCUUCAGCAAGUGCGGCAGCAAUUGUCAGUGAGCUGGGCAGUGAAAUUGAGACGGAAAAGCAGUCGUUGCGUGCGUUUGAGAGCGCUCUAGCUGCUGCCGAAGACGAGCAGGAUGUGCAGGCAACCAAGACAGCGAAGGCGGAGGCGGCUGCCGACUUGGCAGAAUUCGAUGAGACCAUACCCAUCGAUGAAACGACAACGGCAGACGGCGCUGCAGCAGUGGAGAUGAGUAAAGCGGAUUUGGAAAUGCAAAAUCUCGUGAAGCAGCUCUCGCCUAUCGAGCGCUACGCUAUGCGUUUCGUUGAAGAAACCGGUGCAGCAUGGACCGCCGAACAACUGCGUGCAGCCGAGGAAGAAAUCGAAGCUCAAAAGCGCGAAUGGGAAGCCAACCGCUUAGCUGCAUUGCAAAAGGAAGAGGAGAUGCUGAAAAAGGAGGCUGAAGCUGAUGAAAUGCUCACCUACAAUCGCAAGGACGCAAGCAAUCAGGUUAAUAAUAAAAAUCAAGGAUCUACAAUUAGAAGAAAAGCUAUGAUUAAGUCGAACAGAAGAGUACUUAAAAAACAGUUAGGGCGAGGUAAAGUUGAUAGGCGCCGGCGUAGCAGUGAGGCUGCUACUACUCUGGCGACAAGUAGCCGUGCGGUGAGAGCACGCCAGAAUAGUAAUAUGUCGAAGAGGCGAGCACCAGUGAAAACUCGUAGAGGGACUAAUCAGUGUUUGCGUGGUAAAACAGUCAGAGCAGGCAGGGCCAACAAUGCCAGUAGUAAGAGUAGAGGUAAUAGUGUUGAGCGUGAGAAAGAACCAGCGAGGAGUGUGCAAGGUUCUGCUAAGGGUAGUAAUAUGCGCAGAGCAAAGAGGUCGCCCUCACCAACAGCAUCGGAAGAUGAUUUGGAGACGGCGACAACAGUGAAAUCCACUAGAAAGACAACGCGCACGUCAAUGGCAGCAGCUGCAGCCGCUACAACAGCAGAUACAGAUUGCGAUAUAUUGUCGAACGAUGGGACGACAAAUGAUAAACGCGUAACUGCUGCGGGGGUAAGGAGAAACGCGACGGGUGUGAAAAAUCAAAGACUGCUGAAUCGCCGCUUGCUCCGGCUCAAAGCGAAUUCUGUUGCGACGACGCAAAUGCGAAAGCGUAAAAUAAGCGGUGGUGCUGCUGCAGCAAAGUCACCCCCAGCCAAGAGAAAACCAGUUGAAAAGUUGACGAACAGAAGCGCAGCUCAGCGGCGUCAACUGCGCAACAGUCCGCAGAAGAAUGCGAGUGCAAAUAAGUCUAAGUCUAAUCGCCGCAGAGAAAGCGAAAGUGAUGAUAAUGAGGACGAAGAAGAGGAGGAUGAUGAUGAAGUAGCCGCUAGCGAUGAUAAAGAGGAGAUCGAGCAAUCGGCCAGUGAAAGCGAACAUAUCCAAGACGACAGUGAUAAGGACGAAGCUGAAGAUGAUAGUGAGCAGGAAGCUGCAGAAGAUAUUGGUACAGCGGCUAGUGCGGAAGAGGACGAUACGGAAAAUGAGAAUAUGAAUUACGACAGCGCACAUAGCCAUUGCAGUGAAGAUUUGAGGGAAGAAGAAAGUCAAGAGGACGUGAGUGAAGAAGAAGAGGAAAAAGCAAAGACUGCGCGCAAAAAAUCGCCAAGGAAAUACUCACCGCACUGGAAGUACAACUCACGGGCUAACAAUGUUACACCGCCGCCGCCAGCUGCUAUCACUGAAGACGAAAGUGCCGCCGCCGCCACUGCCGAGGGCGAGGAGAGUCAGAAUGAUGCCUCCAGCUAUGUAACAGUGCUCGAUACUGCCGAACACGACUUCGAUGAUGACGUAGAUGAGGAUGAAGAGAUCGUAUAUGUGAGCGACAAUAAUGCUAAUGACGAUAACGUUAACGAUAACGACAGUGAAAAUGAGAAAACUGACGCGCGAACACGUGCAUUUGUGAAUGAACGACGACGAAACGAUUCGGAGGCGCCCACCAAUUCAAACAGUUUGGACGUGUGGAAUGCACACACGCAAAUACAGGACACCACUAUGACGAACUCGACAUAUUACAACGUGUCGGACGAAUCAGACUCCGAUGAAAAUGAGACGCCUCUCGCGCACUUGAACGCCUCGGCGACAAAGCGCGGUACGGCGAAUAGCAGCUUGUCGGCAACUAAGGCCACAGCCACGAAUGUGACGUUAACACCUGCAGCGUACCAGAACCACGUCGAUGUCAACAGUCCGCGUACGCGUUCACGCGGUGCGGUGAAAAUCAAUCUGUGGACAUUAGAUGUGAGUCCGGUGCUACCAGAUGUGCGAUCAGGUGCCACGCGAAUGUCAAAAAAAGAUACACAAACACAAAACCGACGUGGUCGAGUGGUGGCCGCAACAAAAGUCGCAUCGGCAACGGAAGCGGCGGCGAGUAGAGAGCAAUGCGAAGACGAAAUGGGCGAAGAAGAGCACCUGAUGGACAGUGAUGCGGAGAAUGCCACCUCCAAUCACAAGCCUCGGCCAGUGAGUACGACUGUGCAAACAACAGUUGUAAGUACGCCGAAUUGUAGACGAGCGGCAGCAGCGACGAUAACAACGUUGAAACUUAAUGCAGCAACGACCCAUCGGCGACGGCAACAAAAGCCGCGUGUCGCCGUUUCUGCUGCUAAUAUACGUACUGGCACAACGACAUUACACCGUUGGCUGCUCAAAACCACGAAAACUACCAGAGCUGCUGACGUGGACGCCAGCUCAGAAGCGGACGAAGGAGAAAUACUCGAUCCGCUGGCCGACAAUAGUACGCUCUCAAGCAUGGAUUCUACAGGAUCGAUAACGAUGGCGAAAGUGACAGCCAAAAGGAGUAGUAAUGGCCCGACAUGAUGCAACAAUAUCGCCGCUCCUAACGCGUUUGGUUACACAUAGUAGAAGACUAUUUAGAGACGAUUAGUGUCAUUUCAUGCUGCUGCUGCUGCUGCUGCUGUUGCUGUAGCGCGCUGCUAAAAAUGAUGUACCGAGUACGGAGACAGACAGUAUUAUAAGUACACUGUAUCAUCUAUCGCUGUUGUGCAUUGUGGUGCGUUGUUGUGGUCUUUUUAAUAGGAUAAACUAUUGCAAGCUGGCUGCCUGCCUCUGCCAGUGAUUGUUGAGCAAGCGAGCGGGCGGGCAGGCAAAACUUUCACGCAAUGAAUGCGCACGCGCAUGCGCUAGAAGUUGGCUAGGGAGCCGCAGGAGAGUGUGUGCGUCCACAAUUGAAAGUUUUGUUUGCCCACCCUUGAAGCUACCCUUGGCCGAGCGAUUUUUUUUAAUGUGGGUGGUUUAGAGAAAAAGGUUAAAACGUGCAAGCGCCACACACACACACACACACAAACCGGCGUUCAGUUGAGGAAAUCACUAUAUUUAAAAGUAGAUACAGGUUCAUGCAAUUAAUUGUAAAAAUAGUAUAUAUAUAAAAAAAAAACUAUACAUAAAAGCGAAUCCAAUGCUAAAUCUUGUAAAUACAUAUGUAUGUUUAAUUGCUAGGUAGUUAGGGGACACUCUUAAUUGCAAAUUAGUUGGCAAGAAAUAAAAAAAGGUUUAGAGGAGUUAACGUUAUAGUGAUCGAUGUGGAAAUUAUCAUUUGACAAUGUUUAUGGAAAGAGAGAGAGAGGCGGAGACAGAGAGGGUGGGGCUUGAAGCGGAAGUGAAGUGGAAAAAAACUCAGUACUACAGCUUUUACUAUGAGACAUUGAAUGCAAAAAUGCAAUACUUGGAUUUCUGUUCGUUUUAGUUAACUGUUUCAACAUGUGAAAUCGCUAUUUAAUUAUUAUUUUUUCAUAAGCUCGUCAAACUUUUAUUAAGUGUUUAGUCACUUAUUUUCGCUGUAUUUGUAUUGGCAUAAAGCGCUACAGCGCUUGGACGAUCGCAAAUCUUUACUUCCAUUGCUAGAUGCUGCGUUUCAUAGUAAAAUUUGCUGUGUGCGCAAAAACAAAAUACAAGAAAUAAAAUAUUAACAAAAGCGACCGCUGUGCGUUCCAUAGUUCCAAUUAGAUUUUAUUUUAGCAAUCGACUUUAUGUAUUAAGCCUAAAAUAUCAAUUGGUACACAAUACAUAUACGAGUAUAGAAAAAAAGAACAAAAAAAUAAUAAUUAAAAAAGUAGGGUUUACGCGCGUUAGUUACUUUUUUCUCGAAAGUGUAUCAUUACAGCAUUUGCAUAUCCGUAUCGGGUACACACAUUUUUUUCUUACCUUGUUAACAUUCAUUUAUGUUGUUGAAUUUUUUAUAUUUUAUGCUUGUAUUGGCAAAAAAAGUUGAUUUUUUUUUUUUUAAUUGAGAUUAUGUUGUUUAAAUUAUACGCAUUUCAUGCACGCAGCAUUAUUAGAAAUUAGAAGAAUUUAUUUUUCAUAAUUCUACAGAACAAUUAUUAAAUUUAUUGACAAGCAAAUUUUUGCGAAAAAAUUUAAAUUCUUUCCUUAUAGCUUUUUCUCUUGUUGAUACUUUUUUUUGCAUAUCCGAAUUCAACAUUGAUUUCUGACAAA